AUGAGAGUUUAUUCGCUGGCAUCAUAUCACUAUCAAUUCGCUUGCUCCUUCGCGCUCGCCCCUCUUCCUUUCUCUCUUUCUCUUCUCUCGUUCACAUCUCUCUCAUAAAGACCUGGUAUUCGUCUUUAAGAAGCUCCCAGAGAGAAAGAGAAAGAGAGAGUGAUGGCUUCAAAGCCCAUCCAAGCUCUAAUUGAGCAGCUGCAAAUUCACCAAUCUCUUCCACAAGAGUACGUGCAGCCUCAAAAGAUCCAGAUCCAAGCUGCCGCCGGGGGCGCUCAAAUUCCAGUGCUCGACUUGAGUGAAUUCACGAGUAGCGCUGCUGCUGGUGGAAAGGAAGAAUUCCUGCGAGAGCUGGAUCAAGCUUGCCGGGAGUGGGGUGCUUUCCAGGUGAUCAACCAUGGUGUUCCAAAGGAUAUCCUUCAAGGAAUGCGAAACGCUGCAAAGCACUUCUACGACGUACCCGUGGAGGAGAAGAUGAAGUACUUUGUCACUGUGUUUGACGGCCGGCCCAUGCGCUACUCCACUAGCUUUGAUUCUUCCCGCGACGUCAUCCUUGAGUGGAAGGACGUUCUCCGCAUCCCCGCUGAAGCGUCAGCUCUGGAAGCUGAUAGUGUCUGGCCAGCCAAAGAACACCUCCCAAGAGAUGCUGUGAAUUCGUAUGGAGGGCGAAUCAAUGACUUCGUGUCCGUGUUACUGGAAGCUAUGACCGAAAGCUUGGAGCUUCCGGCGGGAUACCUGAACGAAGAGUUGGCGGGACGCGAGAGGAUUCUAGCCAUGAAUUUUUACCCGCCGUGUCCGGAUCCCAAUCAAGCAAUCGGGCUUGGAGCUCACUCUGACGCUACUGCUCUCACAGUCAUAGUCCAGAACCAAGUCAAUGGUCUCCAAUUGUUUCACAAGGACCAUCAGUGGGUCACGGUGAAAAUGCUUCCAGAGGCCCUUCUCGUGAACUUGGGUGAUCAGCUCCAGAUCAUAAGCAAUGGAAGAUACCAUAGCGUGGAGCACCGGGCAGUGGUAAACAAGGAGAAGCUCCGGAUUUCAGUCGCGACGCUCAUUGGCCCAGCCAAAUCGUCGUCGAUUGCUCCUGCUCCCCAGCUCGUCGACAAAACCCAUCCAGCUCUCUACAAACCCGUUGUCUUCAAAGACUAUUUGCUCAAUUACAUCAAGCUCGGCCUCAAUACGCGUGGAGCGCUUCAAACCAUCACCACUGCAAAAACAGAAGCCCAGAACUAGAAACUUAGGAGGUUUUCAUAAGGAACAGAAAAUGCCCCUGAAUGGCAUCUACUACACAUACAUAUCAUUUAGCAUUUUCGUGUCGGUGAUGGAUUCAUGCGGUGAUACAUUCAUGAAAGAUUCAUGCCGAUGUUCCAUGGAA